AAAAAAUUCAAACUUCAAAGUCAACUUUGAACGAAAGAUAAAAUAACACCACAAUAUGCUUGAUGAACAAGACAAAACACAAUCCAAAGUAAAGGCACUCACGUCUUAAAACUCUAUAUAAAGAAGAUAAACAUCCCCAAGAACUAUAGAAGAAAAGAAAAACAGAGUUCUAAAAGAAUGGAAGAAAAAAAGAGCAAAGUGACACUACAUGGGAUGUGGGCAAGCCCAUACUCCAAGAGAGUCGAAAUCGCCCUUAAAAUCAAGGGUAUACCCUACGAGUACGUUGAAGAAGAUCUAAGUAACAAGACGGAGACGUUGGUCCAACUCAACCCUGUUCACAAGAAGGUUCCUCUUCUUGUCCAUGAUGGUAAACCAGUGGCUGAGUCACAAGUAAUUCUUGACUAUAUCGAUGAAACAUGGAAGAACUCUCCUCGUCUCUUGCCAGAAGAUUCUUAUGAAAGGGCUCAGGUUCGGUUCUGGGUCAGCUACAUCAACCAACAAGUGACUGAGGUCAUGGGUCAAGUUCUGUUCCAAGAAGGUGAAGCUCAAGCAAAGUCUAUAGAAGAGGCCAAAGAGAGGUUCAAAGUUCUUGAAGAUGGACUAAAGAAGGAUUUCCCGAAUAAAACCAUCAGAGGGAAUGAUGAUGUAGGGCUUUUGGACAUCAUCAUCAUCGCUACUUUUGGAUCACACAAAGUUUAUCAUGAAGAACUCGGUUUAGAGAUAUCUCUAAUUAAUCCAGUGAACACUCCGACAUUAUACAACUGGAUAGAGAGCCUGAAAGAGCUGACCGUGAUUAAAGAAGCUGAAGUGCCUAGUGAUAGGUUGGUGCCUUUUCUCCAGAUGUAUAGACAAAUGCUUCUCCAGCAGGCUGCAAACGCGUAAUAGGGAUCAAAAUAUUGGUCUUGUGAUUUGAUGUCUCUUAAGGAUAAUAGAUUGAAAUUAAAUAAAGGCAUUUGCCAAGUUAUUUCUUGAGACAUUCGUUUAUGGAUUGAUGGCAGUUACUAAUGUAUGAUACUGAAACUAAAUAAAGGUAUUAUGUGUGUGUUUUAAUAAUAGUCUCUGUGAAGGAGAUCUUACAAUGAUACAAACAAAAACGAGUCAAGUACUCAAAAUUUUCUACAGCUUCACAUACAUACCUUGUGCAGCAUCUUCACAGUGGUGCCGGGUUCCUCCACUAUGGCUUCUUGUAGCAUUACCACAAAAGGAAAGAAGAAAUGGAAUCAAAGCAGAGAACAUUUUUCUCACACUUUUCGGGAGUUGAGUGAUGCAACAGAACAAAAAAAACUGAAAGCUGCAUCACUCAAUAUCAUGUUUAAGAGACCAGAGCAACUCCAACGUAUUUGUUUCUUGGAUGAAAGCUCACCGGUGACCUUUAGCUACGCAGUCCAGUGUAAGCCACUGCAUCAGAUUCACAUGGCUACAACUGUGUAACCCUUUUUCUUGCGUAGCCUUUUAUCUUUAAGACCAUCAAAAAGAAGUUCGUAAGCAUAAUAUGUAAUACAGCUCUUCUUCAACAGAUCCUCCAAAACAAGCUUAGGAGCAGCAACCUCCUUUUUGUCAACAUCAAAAAUAGUGUACACAGCCUCAGGGACCACCCCUUUCUGAACCAUCCGGUGAAUAAUACCAGCAGCCUCAUAAACUCUAUCCUCCACACAAAGACAGUUUAUCACACGUCCAAGUGUUGUGAGCGAUGGAACAAUCCCACCUUCCAUCAUCUCCAGUAGAAACUUAAACCCCAAACUGACAUUACCGGUUUUGCAAUAACCAUCAAUCAUAAGCCGGUAUGUGUAUCCAUCAGGAGCAAGACAACGAUCAACCAUCUCUUGGAAAAGCUUUUCAGCCAUGGUAACAUUUAACUUCUCAGUGUAAGCAUGAAUGAUGAUGUUAUACGUUGCCGUUGAGCUUGAAACCUUGUGAAUCUCUUCCAUCUUCCGGAAUAACUUGUAUGCUCCAUCCACGUCUCCGUUUUUGCAGAACCCAUCGAUCAACGUUCCAAACGUGACCGCAUCUGGAUUCACAUUCUUCUUUUUCAUCUCCUCCAACAACCCCAAGGCUUCAUCUAGUCUCUUGUAUCUGCAUAGACUCUCCAGAAGUAUAUUAAACGUGAAUAAGUUAGGAGCACAACCUUUCUCCACCAUAGUUUUAUAAGUUUCCAUCACAUCUUCAUACUUUGACGUUUUGCAGAGACCAUUCAACAAAGAGUUGUAUGUAUACACGUCAGGAACAACGCCAUUGUCCAACAUAACAUCCAACAUCUCAAGUGCGUUCUCCAUUUUCAGCUGUGUAGAGUAUCCAUGAAUCAAGAUGUUGAAAGUAAAAAUAUCAGGAAAGUACCCUUUGGAGAUCAUGACUUUAACAAGUCCAUCAGCAUCAGAAACACAUCCCAUCUUGCACAAUCCAUUAAUCAGUAUGUUAAAAGUCUGCACCUCUGGAACCAAACCCUUCCCAGACAUUUCACUCGCUAACUGAGCAGCCUCAAGGAUCAAACCAUGCUUACACAACCCUUUGAUCAGUGUGUUAUAAAGAAACACACUAGGCUUAACUCCUUUCCCUAAGGCCUCAUUAAACAAGCCUAAAGCACGGUUUGUUUCACCUUCCUGACACAAUCCAUCAAUCAAGGACCUAUACGUAAACUCGUCAGCCACAAACCCAUUGAAAACAGCAUUACCUAGAAUCCUCUCCGCAAGCUGCACCUUCCCACCUUUACAAUAGCCAGCUAUUAGUGUGUUAUAAGUAAAACCAUCAGGCUCAAGCCCUUGAUUCACCAUCUUCCCUAAGUAAAACUCAGCCUCCUCAAACUUCAAACUCUGACAUAACCCACAUAUCAGAUUAUUAUAAGUGACCACAUCAGGUUUUGGUCCAUUCUCAAUCAUACACCCCACCAUACGUACAGCACCAUCAACCUCACCUCUCUGACAAAGCCCUAGAAUAAAAAAAUUAUAAGUAUAUAAAUUCGGCACCAAUCCUCUUUUAAUAACCUUCUCUAGUAACUUCCCACACUCUUCAACAUCUCCCUUCUUACAAAGAACAUGCAAAACCUUAUUAAACGCACUGAUACAAAGCGUAACACCAGAACCAACCAUCCUCCCAAACAACGCAAACGCCUCAUCCUUCAACCCCUCCUCAUAAAACCCACCAACAAC